ACGCGAAACAGCUAAAACCCUAAACCCAAACACUGAUGAAUUUCCUCUCCGGCGCUCGCUCCUCCCACCUCCGCCGCCACCGCCGUCGCCACUUCCUCCAACUCCGCAGCCUAUACGACGGCGUAUCCGCCUUGAAAUGGCCUCGUGACCGCGGCCUCGACCACGCAGUGGUGCGCGACAAGCUCCUCAAGCCCCUCCUCAAUCUCAAAAACCUCAUCAUUUCCGAGCCUUCGAAAUCGAUUCCGCUCACGCUCAUCACCGAAUCGAAGGAAGCCAUAGGAAUCCCAUUUCGCCCAAUUGAAUUCAUCCGGAAAUAUCCUUCAAUUUUCGAGGAAUUCCAGCCGGGGUCCCUCAACAUCCAGCCCCACAUCAAGCUAACCCCUAAUUUAAUUUCUCUCAGCUCCGAGGAAACCCUGCAUUACCAGAGUGUGAAUUACAAGCAAGACGUCGCGAGCCGCCUCUUGAAGCUGUUGAUGGUGAGUAGGAUCAAUAAAAUUCCGAUCUCUGUGUUGGAGCGAUUGAAAUGGGAGCUGGGUUUGCCUCUAGACUAUGAGAAGGCUUUGAUUCCCGAAUUUCCGGAUUACUUUAGAGUGAUUGGUGGUGAUGGUGAUUUGGGGGAAAAUGGGAAAGUGCUUGAGUUGGUAUGCUGGAGUGAUGAGUUUGCUAUUUCGGAGGUGGAGAAAAAGAGGGGAAAGAGUGGAAAGAUUGAGUUUUUGCUGCAGUUUUCGAAGGAGUUUGAGAUGGAUAAGAAGUAUAAGAAGUGGUUGGAUGAGUGGCAGAAGUUGCCAUAUGUAUCGCCCUAUCAGAAUGCUAUGCAUUUGGGGUCGAAGACGGAUGAGUCGGAUAAAUGGGUGGUGGCAGUUUUACACGAGGUGCUUAAUCUGUUUGUUGGGAAGAAGGCAGAGAAGGAGAAUCUGCUUUAUUUGGGAGAGUAUAUGGGGCUGAGACCGAGCUUCAAGCGCGCGUUUUUGGAGCAUCCGGGGAUUUUUUAUGUGUCGAGUAAGAUUGGGACGCAUACUGUGGUUUUAAGGGAGGCUUAUAAGAGGGGGAUGUUGAUUGAGAGACAUCCUUUGAUGGGUAUGAGGUCGAAGUAUAUUCAGCUGAUGAAUGUAGUGAAGGAUGAUAAUAAAGCGAAGAAUGCACAGCAAAAGAGAGGUGCUGAUGUUAAGAAAAGUGAAGUGGGGGAUGCUGAGGGAGUGGAGGAAGAUGGUGAUGUAACGUAUGAUGAGAGUGAUGACGAUGACGAGGUUGGAAAUGCGGGUAAAAGAGGGAGGCAGGAAGUUGAGGGAAGAGUCUCGGAAAGGAGGAAUACUAGAGAUGCUGUUAGGACAGUAGGAAGUGACAAUGAGGAAAUUGUAUUGGAAAGUUCAACAAGGUCUUCGCGGAGAAGAAACGCUCGUGGUGGUGAAAUGCGUGACUCCUCCUCUGACGAUGAGAGUGAUGAUUGUGAGGAGGGCGAUGUGGUUGUAACUGUGGCUAAAAGAGUGAGGCAUGAGAGGAAGGGCAGAGAUUUCGAAAGAAGGGAUGCUGGAAGUGUGGGAAGGAGGAAUAACGGAAGAGGCGCUGAAGAAAAUUCGUUGAGAAGGUCGACUAGGAGAACAAAUGGCCGAGAUCAUGAUGAUGGUGAUGAGAGAAAUGUGACUAAUAGAGGGAGGCAUGAAAUGAAUGGUAGAGAUUUCGAAAGGAGGAACACUAGUGGUGAGGGAAGGAGGACAUAUGGAAGAGGCGCGGAAAAGAAUAUGUCAAAAUUUUCAACAAGGUCUUUCAGGAGAGCAGAUUCUCGAGAUGAUGAUUCUAAUACUCGCAGAAGGUUUACGAGGAAAUCAAAUUUCUCUGGAAAUGGGGCUCGCUCUGAGACAGGGCGGAGAUCCACAUAGCGGAAACUCAAACUGAGCAGCCUCAUGUAUUUGGUUUGCUUUUGCAUUACAGUUUAUGAUUAUUUGCAACCUUCAACAGAGCUAUUCACUUGAGUUGCCUGGUUAUUCUUGUUGGCUUGAAGCAAAACAGUUGUUAUUA